CCAACUGACUCCCCCCGCAUAGUAUUCGACUACCCGGCUCGGCUCACUGGCGCAUCCACCGAUGAGUUGAAGCUCAUCACCUCGUUCCUCCUAUCCUACCCGCUAGCCGGCCUUCUUAAACGCAUUCCCGACGGCCAGCCGUGGAAGAAAAAUGCCUUCGUUACCGGCGUGUCGCUCUUCUACCUCGUUGGUCUAUUUGACCUGUGGGAUGGCCUACGCACUCUUCUGUACAGCGCAGCAGGCACAUACGCCAUCGCUUACUAUGUAGACGGGUCGCUCAUGCCAUGGAUCGGGUUCCUGUUCUUGAUGGGCCACAUGUCGAUUAGCCAUAUUCACCGCCAAAUCCUCGACGAUCCGCAAGUAAUUGAUAUUACCGGUGCACAGAUGGUGCUUGUCAUGAAGCUGUCGGCCUUCUGCUGGAACAUCCAUGACGGCCGUCUGCCUCAGGACCAGCUGUCCGACCCGCAGAAGUACUCCGCUAUCGCCAAGUUUCCGGGUAUCUUCGACUACAUGGGCUAUGUGCUCUUCUUCCCGGCGCUUUUUGCCGGUCCAGCGUUUGAAUAUAAUGACUACCGCCGCUGGAUCGACACCACGCUCUUCGACAUUCCCCCCGGCACGGACCCAUCCAAAGUGCCUCCAACGCGGAAGAAGCGCAAGAUUCCCCGCAGUGGAACGCCCGCCGCAAAGAAGGCGGCCACUGGACUGGGCUGGAUCUUCUUAUUCUUGCAGCUGGGCUCCUACUACACCAAGGAGUUUGUGCUCUCGGACGAGUUCAUGGCGUAUACCUUCGCGCGUCGUGUGUGGAUCGUGUACAUGCUUGCAUUCACCACUCGCCUGAAGUAUUACGGCGUCUGGUCUUUGACAGAGGGCGCCUGUAUCCUUUCUGGCAUGGGAUAUAACGGCUUCGACCAGAAGACUGGUAAGGUGUUUUGGAAUCGCCUGGAGAACAUCGAUCCCUGGAGCCUCGAGACGGCCCAGAACUCGUACGCGUAUCUGGGCAGUUGGAACAAGAAUACCAACCACUGGCUGCGCAACUACAUUUAUCUGCGGGUCACUCCGAAAGGCAAGAAGCCUGGCUUCCGGGCCAGCUUGGCCACUUUCGCGACCAGUGCGCUGUGGCACGGUUUUUCCCCGGGCUACUACCUAACCUUUGUUUUGGGCUCGUUCAUUCAGACUGUUGCAAAGAACUUCCGCCGCUACAUCCGCCCCUUCUUCCUCACACCAGACGGCACAAAAUCCACGCCCUACAAGCGCUACUACGACAUUCUCAGCUGGGCCGCGACGCAACUAACUCUAUCAUUCGCAGUACUUCCCUUUAUCUUUUUGGGCUUCAGUCAAUCCAUCGCCGUCUGGCGCCGCGUCUAUUUCUACGGGAUCAUCGGCAACAUCGUGUCCCUCGCGUUCUUCCUCUCCCCAGCAAAGGGCUACUUGAUUUCUAUCCUGAAACGUCGCAACCGGCCCCAUAUCAUGCGCACCGUCAGCCAGGAGACUGUACGCGCGCCGACAUUAGGCCUGCCUUAUGAUCCGGAGCGAGACUUCGAUGAGGCCGUGCAGGAGGUCAAGGCGGAGAUUGAGUCCCGCCGCAGACGCGGGAGUGCGGUUACGAUGCCUUCCGGUGAGGAGUUGAAGAUUGCUGUGGAGCAGAAGAUUGGGCGGAAGCUUUAG